AUCAAGAAACAAGCAAGGUUACGCACCCUCAUAGCUUGCUAGCUCUCCGCCAACAAUGGCCUCCAGGUCCUCCAUCCUUCUCACCGCCGCGGUGCUGGCUGCGCUGCUGGCCGUGGGCUCAUGCGGCUCCGCGCUCACCUUUAAGACCGGGCCGGGCUGCAGCGCCACCCGCCUGGUCCUCAUCCCUAGCACCGCCAUCUCCGAGGUGGAGGUCAAGGAGAAGGGCGCAAGCGACUUCUCGGAGCUCAAGGAAGGACCGACUGGCACCUGGACGCUCGACAGCAAGGCGCCGCUCAAGGGCCCCUUCUCCAUCCGCUUCGCCGCCAAGUCCGGUGGCUACCGCGUCGUCGACGACGCCAUUCCCGCUAGCUUCAAGGCCGGAUCCGUCUACAAGACCAGCCUCCAGGUCUGA